CAAGAGGGAAGCAGCCGGAGCAGGGAGGCUUGGUUUGAGUGUCACUAUCAGGAAGGACCUGGUUCCCCCCUCUCCUCCCCUCCAGCCCAGGGGGACCCUCCCCGUGUCCAGAUGAGCCGCCUUGCGCUCAGUGCCAUCGCCCAGAAGCUCCAGUUCUCCAGCGACGACGAGAAGGAGGAGGAGGUCGGGGUGAAGUUCUGCGACCUGCUCCACGUCCAGGAGAGAGGCGCCCCGUCCCCGGCGCCCAGGAGGGAAUGCAUCUCGCCCUUCAGCCGCUUCCCGGUCGGGGAGAAGAGGGCGCCCCGCAGCCCUCGGGUCCGCCUGGUGGGGAGGGCGGAGUGUCCCGACACUCCCGUACACUGCGUGAACUGGAGGAAGCUGCGCCUCUGUGACACUCCCUACACUCCCAAGAGUCUGUUCUCCAAGGCUGGACAGAUCUCAACUGCCAAUAAAGGUCCCGUCUCGAGGAUUCGCCGACCGUUGGGCUUCGCUACUGGUUCUGAGCACCACUGGGUGCCAACAGUGAAUGUAAACCCCUUCACCCCAACUCUGUACCACGAGCUGGGCCUUGCACACAGCACGAAAAAUGAGAAAACGGGAAAGAGGAGGAAGAGAAUUGAAGAAAGAGGCAGUAGGAAACGUGUUGAGAUGGUGGAUGGAGACACAGAGGAAUCUCUGCAACCGUCGGAGAGGCUCAAUAUCCGUGAGAACAUGAGUUCCCGUUAUGCCACGGAAUUUUAUGAGUUGGAGAAGAUUGGAAGUGGAGAGUUUGGGGCAGUGUUUAAGUGCGUGAAGCGACUUGAUGGCUGCCUGUAUGCCAUUAAACGGCUGAAGAGACCGUUGUCCGGCUCGGUAGAUGAGCAGUCCGCGCUCCGCGAGGUGUACGCACACGCUGUGCUAGGGCAUCAUCCCCAUGUAGUGCGCUACUAUUCAGCCUGGGCGGAGGAUGACCACAUGCUGAUCCAGAACGAGUACUGUAACGGGGGCAGUCUGGCAGAUGCACUGAUGGAGAAUUUACUGGAGGGGAUACUACUGACUGAAGGGGAGCUGAAGGAGAUCCUACUGCAAGUGUCGAUGGGACUGAAGUACAUUCACAGCUCCAGUCUAGUUCACAUGGACGUCAAGCCAAGCAACAUCUUUAUUUGCCAAAGAGUGACACCUGAUGUGAUUGGUUGUGUGGAAGAGGAGAGUGACACUGAUGAGGAAGGAAGCUUGGUGACCAAUGUACUGUACAAACUUGGUGACCUUGGCCACGUAACAUCGAUCUCCAAUCCACAGGUAGAGGAAGGAGACAGCUGCUUCUUGGCAAAUGAAAUCUUGCAAGAGGACUAUUCAAAUCUGCCCAAAGCCGACAUCUUUGCACUGGGCCUCACCUUGGCCCUGGCAGCAGGGGCAGAUGAGCUCCCUCACAAUGGCCUGCCUUGGCACUACAUCAGGAAAGGCAACCUCCCCACAAUUCCUCAGCAACUCUCUCCUGAAUUUCUCAACCUUCUGAAACAACUGAUCAGCCCUGAUCCUGUGGAGCGACCCUCAUCUGCUGCCCUCACCCGACACCCUGUUCUUCGGAGGAAUUCCAGCAAGGUGGCUUCCCAGCUCCGGAAAGAACUCAACGUGGAACGUUUCAGGACGGCAAUGUUGGAGAGGGAACUGAUGAAGGCGAGACUCUCGCAGGGCUUUCUGCAGUCUGAGGUUAAAUCUCCGCAUCCAGGAAAGAGACUGGUCCUCCCAGAGAAGAGCCAUAGGAUGGUGGGGAGCAGAGCCAGCCGCUCAGUGAGCUUCAACUGUGGCGGAUACUGAGGGCUGGUCUCGCUGGACAAGAGGAGAAUGACAACAAUCUUGGGUACCCUUCAGUAACAACAUUUGGUUACCACUUGGUUAACUUGCCCAACUAAAGAUAAGUCAAGGGUUUUGGAUUUUUUUUUAAAAAGGGUCUCAUUAGACCUUGAACACUGCAUUGUUGUGCAAUGGCACUAUUAUCUAGAGUAUUUUAAAUUCAAAAUGGUGUCUCUGUAAAUGUUGCUUUUGAAUCUCCCUGUUUCCAAUCUGCUGGGAGGUGGCUAUCUUGAGGUGCAAACCAUUAAGCAGAUUGAACUGUUUAAACCUUUUUAAUGCAGCUAUCUCACUUUUUGGGCCUCCUGUCUCUGGAGGAGAGUUGGAGAAUUAGACCUGUUGACAAUGAACUGAUCAGCUGUGAAGGUGUUGCUCAGAUGUUCUGAGUUUGCUCAAGUGUUUCUCACUUCCUUGUCGUGGAACUUUCCAGUAUCUGAGCAGACCAGUGAUGCCCUUACCAGGGGUACAGCAGGUCUGAGCUGUUUCACAGGGACACAGAACCUUUAUCCAGUGAGUAUGCUAAAUGGAGAAUCUUUUAAAAUGGUUUUUAUCUAAUUUUACUGGACUGAAUUCGGCAGAGAAUUCAAUGUUAAUUAAAGUUUUAAUUUUCAUAU